UUACAUCGCUAGCUAGAAUUUCCGGUAUAUACAAGCAUGAAAACCAAGGGCGUCGCAAUCAACUUUUUCAUCAAGAAGAUUAAUUUAAAACCUCUUAAAAACAUAAAAUUUAGUUUCGACCCUUAUCAUGGAGGAGUUCGUUCAAUAAGAGAGAUGAUGUGUAUUGUAAAUUCACCAAAGUUGAUAGACACGAAUCCGAAUAUAACAACUAAAAUUGACAUUAAAAGUGAUAGAAGUCCUCCGGAAAUGCAGCUGAAAUUUGCUGAUGGCCAUUCCGUAAUAUUUAAAACUGAACAUUUAAGUACAAUGACAAUUUCUGAAAAAUUUGCAAAACUGUGUCAAGAUCGAGUGGAAUCAGUUUCAGUCGGGGAAUCAGCCAUUUUUGCAUCAUCCAAACCAGGAAAGAUUGGAAAGAAAAAGUAACCUGUGGUCAAAGAAUGUGUGUCAGAUAAAGUGUGUCAUAAAAAUAUUGAAUAAUUUCUCAUCGUUUCUUUUGAUUGUGAUACUUUUUAUACUGAUGCAUGUAAUGCUAAAAAAAAUGAUUACAUUAAAAUUUUUAAAAAUU